AUGUCGAAUUUGUUUGGCCAAUCGGCUCAUGAGUUUAGCAACUUUCUUUCAAAUUUCACUCCUACCAACACAAGCACCACCACAACAACAAACAACACUCAGGAUAAUUCCGCUCCUGUAUUGUUAUUGGGUGAUUCUCUUCCACAACCAAAGAUUGAUUUUGGUGCCUUGCUUGCCAAGCGGAAAGAAGAAUCCGAUGAUUUUGUUCCUCCUCCAGAGGAAGGAGAUGUAGAAGAAAGUGGUAAAAAGGCUUCAUCAUCAACAAACCAGCCUUUUGGAUUCGGGUUUAGCUUUGGAGGAAAUAAGCCUUCAUCAUCAUCGAGCAGUGGUAAUAACGAAAUGACAAACGUAAAAGAAACAAAAGGAGGAUUUGCUUUUUCCUUUGGCUCAACUCCUUCAUCAUCAUCAUCGACCAAUACCACCCCCUCUUUUUCGUCCUUCCAACCAUCAUCAUCAGGAAGAAUUCCAUUUUCAUUUGGUGCUCCAAACUCUGCAUCUUCAACGACUUCAACAUCAUCAACAAAAUUAUUACCAGAAGAAAAGCAUCCAGAAACCUCUGUAGUUGAAGUGCAAACACCCAAGAUGGUACGAAGCCAAAAACCUCCAAACACAAUUUCAUUUGCGAAACCAUCUCUUGUGGCACCAAGUGGUCUUUCUCAAUUUAAUCUACCAUCAAGAAAAGACCAAGAAGAUCUUUUGGAUAACAAUUCUUUACGAGUAUUAGAUGCAGAUUUGUCAACAAAUAAUAAUCAACAAGGAAAGAAUACCAACAAGCCAUCUCUAUAUUUCCCAUCCUCCCAACAAUCAAACAACACAGUGGAUUUAAACAAAACAGCCCCAAUUCAAAGUAAUUUAUCAUUCAAUGUUGGAAAGAGUGGAAGCACCUUCAAUUCUAAUAAGGACUCGCAACAAGUAUUAUUUGGCGACAAUUUAUCUGUCUCGUCAUCUUCUUCAUCUACAAAACCCACUAAGUCAAGGUCUAUAUUUGAUGAUAACUCCAGUAUUCGCUCUAGCAACUCAUCCAACAGCUUUAAAUCACCACUCACAAACGCUGACGACAUGGAGGAUGAUACCACUACGACGAUCGAAAAGAUUGAGUAUAAACCACAACAACCGAGCAAUUAUGAACAGGAAGAGCUAUGGUGGAAAAUUUUACAUGAAUCUUGUGAAAUGUUUCUCUUCAUGCAAGAUAGAUACAGCGAUGACAAGCUCGAUAAAAAUACUUUAGAAAAAUCAAUUGCACAGUUCAAAACCAUGCUGUAUGAGGGACUUUCUAAAAUAAGCUCCUUUGAAGCUUAUUACGACAUUUUCAACGCAAUUGAGAUUUUUUAUUUCUAUCGGUUUAGUAGAGGUUCACUAUUGCAAAAACUGGUGAAGUGGUAUUUGAAAAGUUGUAUUUAUGUCUCAAACCAAGAUACCUCAGAUAGCGCCAUUUAUAGACAACUGAUUUUAGGAGAAGCCCCAGAAAAAAUUAUUGAUACAAUUCGUGAUUUCAAGAGCGAUGAUCUUGACCACAUGAAAGUGAACAUGAAAGAAUUGUACAGGUAUUAUGAGAGCUUUUUCAAACUAUUGAGCAAGAAGCCAAAUAUUCUGAAGUUCAAAGCCAUAUCUGCAACAUUGGAAGAAUAUUUGGAUGAAACACAGCAUUGGAAGGUUGAGGCUUUGAGGUUGAAGCGAGAACUGAAGGCAUUAAAAGAUGCUACUAGAGAAUAUCAAUUUUUGAGCGAAUGCUUUGACAUUGUCACUGGAGAUGAAGACAAAAUUGUCGAGCAAUCAAACAAUUGGCUUGAGGUAAUGAUAGGAUUAAUAUUGCACAAAUAUCAGCGAUUUUCUGAUAUUAAUGAAAUAAUUGAUCUGGCGGUUCAUGCCAAAGAUAUGAAAGAAGAUAAUGAAACUCACUCUACACUCGAGGCCAUCUGCUUGCUUGUCAUUGGAAAUGAGUUAGAUACAACCGUCAAAAGUAUUCAGGAAAGUCUAUCAAACGUCAAUGACGACAGAUCAUUGUUCCAAAAUUACUGGUUCAUUGCUCAUAUUACUAAUUUCUUAUUCCACAUCAAUACUCUCUAUCAAAAGUUAUACAUUUCUACCAAUUCUGAAAGUUUCAUACAUGAUCUUUCUAUUUUAAGAAGCCAAUAUUUACGUGAUCUUGUGACAAAAGAAAUUUUACCAUACUACAACGAGAUUGAUCGAUAUAGCUCUUUGGAAAACGAUUUAUGGAAAGUAGCUAUUGAUUAUUUAUCAUACUGCAACGCUGAACCUCAAGACGAGAUUCAUGAUAUCAUCAAGGGUGUGCUUCUGAACAUUUCUGUGUCCAAUGAAUAUCAGCUUGACAAAAUUUAUAGAUACAUCAAAGAUACACCUUUUGCAAAAUCUGUUGUUGGCCAUUUACAUUUGAAUUUAGGCGAAAAGUGCAUUUCAGAAAAGAACUAUGCCACAGGAAUUUAUCAUAUUUACAAGUCAAAUGAUAGAGACAAGCUUGAGUCAGUGAUUAGAGAAAUAUCUACAACUAAUAACCUUAGAAUUGUUUAUUAUGGAUUGGAGGAGUACGGAUGUUUGAUAGACAUGCAAGAAAUUCAAUGGAUAUCAUCAUUCUUCAAGAUUUUAGAAAGCAGCGACACCAAUAUUCAUUUGCUUCCUUCUACUUUAGCAUGUAUUCCAAAUGAUGAGCUAAAGCUCGAACUUUUGACAAGUAUUGACUUGAGCGUUUUGAAAUAUGCACAAAUAGUUUCUGUAAUGUCACAUCUCGAAGAAAUGGAAUUCCAUUUUAUGGAUUUGCAUGAAAAACAACAACAACCUCUGGAUACUCUAAGCGAAUUGAGACUCAUUCUUGCUCGAACUCUUCAAAUAAAGAUUCUAGAAUAA